UUUAUUUAUUUGAUUAUUUAUUUAUUAAAAAAAAAAAAAUGAAAAUAAUUUUAAAAUUAUUUUUUACAUUCUUGUUAAUGAUUAAAUUUGCAAGUGCAGUUAUUAAUCCAAAUGUUGGAGUUGUAGAGGGAUUUUAUUGGACCCAAGACGAUACUAUUAAUGGUCAAUAUGGGGAAUAUUCAUUCACACAAAGAAAGCAACUUAUUCAAACAAUAGCUGCAUAUAAUCUUGGUGUUUAUUGGUAUGUCCCACAAACUAUUAAUACCAUGGCUCUUUGGAGUGCUACCCAAUUAAGUGAAUGGACUACUGUUGCCUCAUUAGGUCAAUCAUUAGGUGUUAAGGUUGUUGUUGGCAUUCGUCCAGGUUGGCUUGAAACUGCAGCUUUUCCAACCAUAUUAGCUAGACUUCAACAAAUUCACUCUACCGGUGUAGCUUAUUAUACUUUAAAUUUCGAUGAUGCCGAAGGUGUUGCAACCACAGCCCAACAAAAUCUUGAAGUCCAAUUAGUUAGCUAUUUACAAACCAACUUACCAUCCACCUUUUCUCUUUAUGGAAUGAUCCCAUAUGCCUAUUACCAAGAUAUGUUUAGUUCAAAAACCAUAUGGCAAACUAAAUUAGCUCCAAUUGAUGCAGUUUCAUCGGCCAUUCCAUUUAUCUUUACUGGUAAAGUAAUUACUCCAUCAACUUUUAGUUCAAGUCAGUUCCCAACUCUUUCAUCCAGUAGAAAUAUGAAAUUCUUUGAUAAUUGGAUUGCCAGUGACGCUAAUAGAAUCUCUUGGGGUAUGAUUGACGGUAGAGUUAAUGCAAACAUCUUUACAUCAUCCUAUGGCUACAUUUUAAAUCUUGCUUUUCCAUUAGAAAGAGUUAUUCAUCACCUUUACUGUGCUGGUCAAUUAGCAUCAGGUGGCAGUAGUUGUAGUAUCAGCACUGCCUCCCAAGAAUGGGCUAAUUGGUUAAAUACCAAUGGCUUCUUACAUGGUAAAUCAGUUUCAACUGUUAAAUCAUCACUCCAAGCUGCUAUUAAUGCAGAUACCUAUUUUGAAACUAUGGCUGAUUUCGAAGCUGCCUAUCCAAAUCUUGCUGGUAUCUUUACAACUUUACCAACAAUUUAAAAUAAAUUUUAUUUAUUUAUUUAUUUAUUU